UAAGGGCAACGGUAAAAUUUUCUAUUGCUAUCGUUGAUUUUCAUAAUUUUCUAGGACGCAUUGGAAAUCUUUAUCCUUACAUUAAUAAAUAAUGCCACUGGGAGCUACUCUAACAUACUCCCUCAUCACGAUUACUUUCUUGCUCCUGAGUACAGUCUCGGUGUUCUUUGGACAUGCUGCUGCCAGAUUUGGCGAGAAUUCGAGCUCUGGCUCAAGGGGCGCUCACAAUUUAACACCGGAUAAAUUGGAGAAAUUAAUUGGUGGAGAAAGACCUGCCUUACUUAUAGUCUACUCAUCGUCGUGUCUCAACUGCACGCGCCUGUCUAAACCCCUAAUUGAAAUCGCAGACGAGCUUUAUAGAAACGAAACCGUCUCGGAAAAGCUAAACAUUGGGGAUUCUGACGCCUCGAAGUAUCCCAAAUUGGGAGAGCGAUUUAAUAUAGCACAGUAUCCAAGUCUCCUUUAUUUUCCUCCUAAUAAAAAUAAUCCGUCAAAACGCAUUAAUUCCAAGAGUUUCAAUGAAUGUAUAACCUUUAUCGAACUCAUCCUAGACUACAUCAUCUCUAAAAACCAACCCGUUCCAUCAUCUGCACCAAGUCCAGUACCUCAUCCAAAGGUACCUGAAUCAAGACCUUAUCCAAGGGUACCUGAAUCAAGACCUUAUCCAAAGGUACCUGAAUCAAGACCUUAUCCAAGGGUACCUGAGUCAAGACCUUAUCCAAGGGUACCUGAGACAAGCCCUCAUCCAAAGGUACCUGAAUCAAGACCUUAUCCAAGGGUACCUGAAUCAAGACCUUAUCCAAAGGUACCUGAGACAAGCCCUCAUCCAAAGGUACCUGUUCCAACGCCUGAUCCAGGUUAUAAAUCGAUGGGUGUCAAGAAUUUGGACUCGACUAGCGUCAACGAGCUUACCAAGCCUGGCCGGCAAAACCCCGUUUUAAUAAUGUUUUAUGCAACCUGGUGCCCUUACAGCCAGGCGAUGUUGCCCGUCUUUGAUAAGCUACCUGAAGAAUAUAGGGACGACCCUAAUAUUGUCUUUGGCAAAGUAGACAACGAUAAGUGGAUUCAAUGGGGUUAUAUGAAAUCUCUUGGUGGAGGAGGGGUCCCAACUAUUUUUUAUUUCCCUAAAGGGCAGGGGAAUCAGGUAAAGUACCAUGGUGGACCUCAUCUGAACAUACUUCUAGAGUUCCUUAGAAGUCAUAAUCAUGUGUAGCAGCGCGUACACACCUACCACACGAGGUCCUACGAUGUUUUAUCAGCGCAGUUACUACGAAAAUGGAUGAGUUUAAUCUACGUGGAGUCAGAAUUACCUUGCGCCUGUGCGAGGAGAAAAAGUAAAGGAGCGUUUACGGCUACCCCGAGUAUGCGCAAUCAAAAUUCAUUGUCUUUAUAAAAGGUAUCGUAUUUUUAGGUUUACAAUAAUACUUCCCCCCUCACCCAAGUACUUUCUAUAGAUGUCUAUGGAUGUCAUUACAUUAAUUUUCAAAUUCUCUUUUCUUAAAUACCGUAAAGAAAUGUAAGGUAGAGUGAAGAUGUGUAAAUCAAAAGGAUGAAAUCCCUUUAAAAAAACAUCAUAGUCUCAAUAUGUAUUCGAAAGACGAAGCCUUUUUCUGUCUAACUAUUUUUUAACUAAGGUAUCCAUCCCAAACAUGUAAAUUUUAUUCUUAUGUCAACGUGAAAUAAUUUUAUUUAUUGCGAUUCGAAGA